AUGCCAUUCCUGGGUCACAAUCCAAACCACAAUUUUCGUGUUUGCAGUACCUGGGGAAAUUAUCACUUUAAAACCUUUGAUGGUGACUUUUAUUAUUUUCCUGGAACUUGCAAUUAUGUCUUCGCUUCCCAAUGUUUAAGUAGUUAUGAGGAAUUCAACAUCCAGAUGAGACGUUCCAUUGUCAAUGGCUUUCCAAGGAUUACUCACAUUGUCCUGAAAGUUGAUGGAGCAGUUAUUGAAGUACAGAAUUCAAUUAUUUCAGCCGAUGAUAAUCUUGUGACAUUACCUUACACCCAUUCUGGGAUUGUGAUUGAGAAAGUCAGUAAUUACACUCGAAUCACUGCAAAGAUUGGCUUGACUCUUAUUUGGAAUGGAGGUGACGCCCUCACGCUUGAACUGGGCCAACAGUUUGUCAACACAACAUGUGGACUCUGUGGUGAUUUCAAUGGCAUACGAGAUAAUGAAUUUUUUUCAAACGGAUACCACCUGACUCCAAUCCAGUAUGGAAAUUUACAGAAGCUGAACGAUCCCAAGGAGCAAUGCAAUGAUGUACCUUCAUCUGAACAAAACAAAAAUUGUUCAACGUUUGAAUCCAUGUGUGAAAGAGCGCUCACUGAUCCAGGUUUUUCCAACUGCUAUGAUAUCUUAGAUUUAGCACCUUUUAUCAAGAGCUGCAUGCUGGAUGUGUGCCUGUGCAAGGAUUUAGAAAAUCCAUCAUCCUGCAUGUGUAAUACCUUAUCAGAAUUUUCUAGACAAUGUGCUCAUGUUGGAGGUAAACCUAGCAACUGGAGAAGGAAAGAAAUGUGUGAGAAGACUUGCCAGUUUAAUAUGACCUAUGAGGAGUGUGGUAUUCCAUGUGCAGACACAUGCUCAAAUCCUGAUAGGAGCCGGAUGUGUGAGGACCACUGCAUUGAUGGCUGCUUCUGUGCUCCAAAUACUGUUCUUGAUGAUAUUUCCAACACUGGAUGCAUUCCAAAAGAACAGUGUCCCUGUACCUACAAUGGAUUAUCUUAUGCACCUGGAGAGUCCUAUUCCACCAAAUGCAGUAAAUGCAAUUGUAAUGGAGGACAGUGGUCUUGUACUGAUCUAUCUUGCCCUGGGAUCUGUUCUGUUGAGGGAGGAUCUCAUAUUAAUACAUUUGAUGAAAAGCAAUACACAUUUCAUGGGAAUUGUCAUUAUGUUCUUGCUAAGGACUGCGAAAAUACUUUCUUCACUGUCCUCGGAGAGCUGCAGCAAUGUGGUAUUACAGAAUCUGAAACAUGCUUAAAGUCUGUAUCAGUGACUGAACAUAGAUCUCAAACUGUAAGUCAGAUCAUUACAAUUAACCCCAAUGGCCGUGUGUCUGUCAAUGGAAUAUUUUCAGAAUUGCCUUUAACCUUUGCUAACGUCACUGUUUUCAUGCCGUCGACUUUCCAUGUUAUCAUUCAUACUUCUUUUGGGCUGCAGCUCCAGGUACAGUUGGUGCCUAUCAUGCAACUCUAUAUAAGACUGGAUUCUGUCUUUAAAAAUCGGGUGUGUGGCCUUUGUGGAAACUUCAACAAUGUGCUCAAUGAUGAAUUUAAAAUAGUCAGUGGUCUUGUGGAAGGAACAUCUGCUGCUUUCGCAAAUACCUGGAAGACUAAAGCUAGCUGCCCUGACAGAAGAGACAUUCAUGAAAACCCUUGCUCCCUCAGUGUCGUAAAUGAAAAGUAUGCUAAGCAUUGGUGUGGCCUGCUAUUAGAUGACAACUCUACAUUCGCUCAGUGCCAUUCACAUGUCAACCCAAAUCAGUACUUUGAGCAAUGUAAAUAUGACAGCUGUAACUGUGAAAAAAGUGAGGACUGCAUGUGUGCUGCCCUUUCGUCUUAUGUUCAGGCCUGUGCAACUAAAGGGAUCAUCAUUUCCAACUGGAGGAUGAAUGUAUGCUUCAAAUACCUCACCUGUCCCAAGACUCUGAUCUACAGCUACAGUAUGACAAGCUGCCAUCGUACGUGCAAGUCCCUAGGAGCCCCAGAUAAAACAUGUGAGAUUGACUUUGAGCCAGUUGAUGGAUGUGGUUGUGCUAAUGGAACCUACAUGGAGGAAACUGGCAAAUGUGUACCACCCUCCAGGUGUCCAUGCUAUUAUAGGGGGUUGACAGUGCCAGCAGGAGAGGUCAUUCAUGAGGAAGAUGCCAUGUGUACCUGCAAUCAAGGGAAGCUUGAGUGCAUUGGAAAAGAAUUAAAACUUCAAGCCUGUGCUGCUCCCAUGGUUUACUUUGACUGCAAUAAUGCUUCAGCUGACGGUGUUGGUACAGAGUGUCAGAAGAGUUGCCAAACCCUUGAUAUGGAGUGUUAUGCCACAGGUUGUGUCUCUGGUUGUGUAUGUCCUGAUGGUUUAGUUUCUGAUGGAAGUGGUGGCUGUAUUCCCAUAAAUCAGUGCCCAUGUACUCAUAAUGGAAUUCAGUACCAUUCUGGGGACAUUGUACAGGUGGACUGUAAUUCAUGUGAAUGCAAAAAUAGAUUGUGGACCUGCACAAACCAACAGUGUCAUGGGACAUGUAUGAUCUAUGGAGAUGGGAACUAUGUCACUUUCGAUGGAAAACGUUACAAUUUUAAUGGUGACUGUGAAUACGUUGUUGCACAGGAUUAUUGUGGAAAUAACACCUUGAAUGGCACCUUCAGAGUAAUCACUGAAAACAUCCCUUGUGGGACCACUGGAACAACAUGUUCUAAAUCAAUUAAAAUCUUCUUAGGGAACUUGGAAAUAAAACUCUCAGGUGGAAAGUAUGAAGUGGUAAAGUUUGGUAGCGGCAAACACAUUCCUUAUGAAGUACGUUAUCUUGGCAUUUACCUUGUAAUUGAAGCUAAAAAUGGACUGGUGUUGAUCUGGGAUAAGAAAACAAGCUUGACCAUUAAACUCAGUCACUCCUUUCAGAGUUCCAUCUGUGGAUUGUGUGGUAAUUAUGAUGGCAAUGUACAUAAUGACUUUACAACUAGAAACCGGUUGGUGGUUGUAAACAUGGAGGAGUUUGGAAACAGCUGGAAGGUAUCACCUGUGUGUCCAAAUGCAAAGAAAAAUGAAGACCCUUGUUCAGUUAACCUUCAUCGAGAUGCAUGGGCUCAGAAGCAAUGCAGCAUCCUCAAGGAUAAACCAUUUCUAGCUUGUAAUUCGCAGAUUAAUCCAACCCCAUAUUACGAAGCUUGUGUACGGGAUGCAUGUGCCUGUGACACUGGUGGAGAUUGUGAAUGUUUGUGUACGGCUAUAGCUGCUUAUUCUUUGGCCUGCAGUAUGGUUGGGGUGUGCAUUUCCUGGAGAAAUCCUGCGUUUUGUCCUCUGUUUUGUGAUUAUUACAAUCCUGACGAUGAGUGUGAAUGGCACUAUGCACCUUGUGGCAUUCCCUGUUUGAAAACUUGCCGAAAUCCUGGUGGAGCAUGCUCCAAGAUUAUCCCCAAACUUGAAGGCUGUUACCCAGACUGUCCUGAUGAUAAGCCAUUUUUGGAUGAGGACAAAAUGCAAUGUGUUAAAUUGGACAAUUGCCCCUGCUACGUUAAUGGGAACCACUAUGAGCCAGGCCACAUUGUGCCAAGCACUCAGAACUGUGAAUCAUGCAAGUGUAUAAACAGUAAAGUACAGUGCACCUAUGACAAAUCAGAAUGCGUCUGUGUUUAUGAUGGCAAAACCUUCCAUGAAGGUGAUAUUAUCUACCAUACAACGGAUGGGAUUGGAGGGUGCAUCAAAGCAACAUGCAGUGUAAAUGGGACAAUAAGCAGAGAAGUCUAUCCAUGUACUCCGAAGACCUCCACAACUCCCAGUACGACACUAGCCUUUGAAACAACUCCAGCACCCACUGCAUCUAGCACUAGGAGUUUUACUACAGCAGAAAAUACGCCAGAGAAGAGUGAAACAACACAAACAACUAUACUUACAGCAACAACCAUUACCCCUACAAGAUCUAAUACAUCAAAGACAGCCCAUGUCAGUGUGACAACCAUUGCUGAGACAACACUAACAAGCAAGACAGUGGCUUCAACUACUCUAUUGAGGACAACAAUGGCAAAAACCACUGAAACUGCAUCAGAACAAAGCCAAUCAACAUUGAGUACUGCCUCAACAACAUCGGUCACCACAACAACAACUACAUUAUUGCCGUCUUCUAUGUCAUCAACUACAGUCAUCCCCACAACACCUCAACCAUCAACCUCUCCCUCAGAAAAAACAGUUACACCCUCAAAAACGUCACCACUGACCUCUUCUAUUUCUUCUACAGUCACCCCCUCAACAGCUACACCAUCAACCUCUUUCAUUUCUUCAACUACAGUCACUCCCAUGACAACUAUACCAUCUACCACUACCUCAGAAAGAACAUUUACCUCUUCAACUCAAACACCAUCAGCUUCUUCCAUCGUAUUAACUACAGUCACUCCCACAGCAAGUACACCAUCAGCAAUUUCUUCAGUAAAAACAGUCACUCCUAGAAUAACGACACUAUCAAUGAGCCCCAUUUCAUCAACUACAACCACUUCAACAACAACUACACCAUUGAUCUCUUCUAUAUCUUCAACUACAGUCACAUCGACAACUACAUCAUUAACUUCUUCCUCAGAAAAAACAGUCAUAUCAUCAACGCCAUCGACCUCUUCCAUAUUUUCAACUACAGUCACUCCAACAACAACUACACCAUCUACAACUUCUUCAGAAAAAUCAGCAACAACAACUACAUCAUCAACCACUUCUUCCAACAAAACAAUUACACCCACAACAACUAACCCAUCAACUGCUUCUUCAGAAAAAACAAUUAAGCCCUCAACAACUACACCAUCGACGUCUUUCAUAUCUUCAACUACAGUCACACCCACAACAACUACACCAUCUACCUCUUCCUCAGAACAAACAAUCAGUCACACAAAACAGACACCAUCAACCUUUUCCAUUACAUCAACUACAGUGACUCCUACAACAACUAUAUCAUCAACCACUUCUUCCAAAGAAACUAUUGUGCCCACAGCAACUACACCAUCAACCACUUCUUCAGAAAAAACAAUUACACCUUCAACAUAUAAACCAUUGACUUCUUCCAUAUCUUCAACUACAGUCACCCUGACAACAACCACACCAUCAACUUCUCCCUCAGAAAAAACAGUCACCCCAUCAACAACUAUGCCAUUGAUCUCUUCCAUAUCGUCUACUAUAUUCAUCCCCCCAACAACUGCACCUACGAUCACUUCUUCAGAAAAAACAGUUAUGUCAUCAACAACUACACCAUCAACCUCUUCCAUAUCUUCAACUACAAUCACACCCACAACUACAUCAUCAACCUUUUCCUCUGAAAAAUCAGUUAUCCCAACAAGUAUACCAUUGUCCUCCUCCUCAAAAGCAACAUCAUUCACCACUACAACAACUACAUCAUCAACCUCUUCCAUAUCUUCAGUUACAGUCACCCCUACAAAAGCUACAUCAUCUACUUCUUCCUCAGAAAAAUCAGUCAUCCCAUCAACAACUACACCAUCUACCUCUUCCUCAAAAACAACAUCAGUCACCAGAACAACUUUACCAUCUACUUCUUCUUCAGAAGAAACAACCAUUCCCACAACUACAUUGUCAACUUCUUCCUCAGAAAAUACCUUUACCACAACUACACCAUUGACCCUUCCCUUAAAAACAUCAUCAGACACCACUAAGACAACAAAACCAUCAACAUUUUCUGUGUCAUCAGCUACAGUUAUCCCCACAACACCUACAACAUUGUCUUCCUCCUCAGCAGUAACAUCCACAGCCAUCCCCACAACUACAAUAUCUAGCUCUUCUUCAGCAUCAACUAAACUAUCUCCUCCUGUGACAGCACCAUUGAAGUAUAGCAAAACAACAACGAGAGCAACAACCACUUCACUGAGCACAAAAACUACUAUCAGCACCUCAGAAACAAGCCAACCAACAUCAACUACUUCCUCAGUAUCAAAAACCAAAGUCACCCCAACAACAUCCACUACUUCCUCACCAUCAACAGUCCCCCUAACAACCACUGCAACAUUGACUACUUCUUCUGCAACAACCAUCAUCUCCCCAACUACAAUUGCUGCAAAUACUAAAGUGACAUCAGAACAAAGUGAAACAACAUUCAUUACAACCUCACCAACAACAGUUUGUUCAUGUCAAAUAAAUGGGCAAAUGCUGUCACCUGGACAGGCAGUGGUAACUUCUGUCGGUAAAUCAGACCUGUGUAAUUUUACGCUCUGUACCAAGAGCUGUGAGAUUGUGAAGUACACAGGCAAAUGUCACACCACUACAGCACCCACUACAACUCCAUCCGAAACUGCAACAACAGUAACAGUAACUCCCACAACUACAGAAACAACAAGAUGCUCUUGCCACGCCAAUGGACAAACAUUAUCACCUGGGCAGGCAGUGGUAACUUCUGUCGGUAAAUCAGGUUUGUGUAAUUUCACUAUCUGUACCAAGAGCUGUGAGAUUAUGACGUACACGGGUAAAUGUCAAACCACCACAGCACCGACCACCACUCCAUCUGAAACUACAACGACAGUCACAGUAACUCCCACAUCUACAGAAACCACAAGAUGCUCUUGCCACGCCAAUGGACAAACAUUAUCACCUGGACAGGCAGUGGUAACUUCUGUAGGUAAAUCAGACCUGUGUAAUUUCACUCUCUGUACCAAGAGCUGUGAGAUUGUGAAGUACACAGGCAAAUGUCACACCACUACAGCACCCACUACACCUCUAUCCGAAACUGCAACAACAGUAACAGUAACUCCCACAACUACAGAAACAACAAGAUGCUCUUGCCACGCCAAUGGACAAACAUUAUCACCUGAGAGGCAGAAAGUCACAUGA